AUGGACGUGAGCUGGUACGACCGCAGCGACGCCUUCGAGCUGUCCAGCCGCAUCACGGGCGACACGGUCAAGAUCAAGGACGGCAUGGGCCAGAAGCUCAGCGACUCGAUCAAGUUCACGUGCCAGUUCUUCGUCGGCUACAUCAUCGGAUUUGCACGCGGCUGGGAGAUGAGCCUUGUCAUGGCCUGCGUUAUGCCCUUCAUGGUGCUCUCGCUCAAGUACAUGGUGCGGCUAUUCCGGAAGCGCGCCGUGCUCUCUCAGAAGAUGUACGCGGAGGCUGGCGCCGUGGCGGAGGAGACGCUCGGCUCCAUCCGCACGGUGGCCUCGCUGAACGGGGAGAAGCGCGCGAUCGACAAGUACAACGAGCGCGCCGUGCUGGUGGAGACGGGCAACAUCGCCAUCUCCAAGCGCUCGGCGUGUGUGUUCGGCUGCAUGAUGGGCAGCAUCUGGCUCAUGUAUGGUGCGGGGCUGUGGUACGGUGGAUCUAAGGUGGCGAGAGCGGAGGCGUCGCCCGGCACAGUGUUCCAGGCCUUCUUCGGUGUGUUGAUGGGGACGAUUUCGCUCUCGCAGAUCUCGCCCAAUAUCACGGCCGUAGCUGAAGCAAAGGGAGCUGCGGCGGCAAUCUACAAGAUACUUGACACUGCAUCCGCCAUUGACGCGUCGAAAGAGAAAGUUGGAGAUAAACCAGAGUCGUGCGUCGGGCGCAUUCAAGCCCUCAACGUCAACUUCACGUACCCGAGUCGCCCCGACGUGCAGAUCCUCAACGACUACAACGUCACCAUCGAACCUGGCCAGACUGUCGCGUUUGUCGGUGCAAGUGGAGAAGGCAAGAGCACUUUGAUCUCGCUACUCGAACGGUUCUACGACCCCAGCAGCGGCUCUAUUCUGCUUGACGGACGCGACAUCAAGACGCUCAACGUCAAGUGGCUGCGCGCGCAGAUCGGACUCGUGUCGCAGGAGCCCGUGCUGUUCGCGACCAGUAUCUUCGAGAACAUCGCGGCUGGCGGAGAGGGGAUCACGCGCGAGCAGGUCAUCGAAGCGGCCAAAUUGGCCAACGCGCACACGUUCAUCAUGUCGUUGCCGGAGCAGUACGACACGCUGGUGGGGGAGAAGGGUGUGUCGCUGUCUGGAGGUCAGAAGCAGCGCGUUGCUAUUGCUCGUGCUAUCGUACGCGAACCGAAGAUCUUGGUAUUGGAUGAGGCGACGAGUGCUUUGGACGCCGAGAGUGAGCGCGUGGUGCAGGCUGCACUGAACGACUUGAUGGACAAGACGCACAUGACGACGUUGGUGAUCGCUCAUCGGCUGAGCACAGUUCGUCGCGCAGACAAGAUUGUUGUGGUGAAUGGCGGCCAUGUUGUGGAAGAGGGACCGCAUGAUGAGCUGGUAACAAUUGAGCAUGGAGUGUACCAGAAUCUUUACAGGAUCCAAGAAGAAAAGGCUCAAGAGGAAGCUGAAGCUGCAGCGACGGCAUUAAUUCAAGCUGGUAUCGAUGCUCAUGAGAAGAUGACUCGCAAACUGAGUACCAGGUCGGUUGGGAGUGACCGAUUUGUUGACGGCGCAGUGUUGAAGGAGGCCAACGAAAACGAACCGGAAGGCACAUUUACGAUUGUGGACGCUUUGGAGUUCAGUCGGCCGGAGCGAAAGUUCUUCGUCACUGGUUUACUUGCUGCAGGCGUGAAUGGAUUCUCGAUGCCUUGCUCGGCUAUUCUGAUCAGUGAAAUGGUUGCAACUAUGACUACGGCAUACACCAACUACCAGACAUACGGCCUUCACUCGUACCUGGACCAUCUCUCUAGCGACAUCAGGAUAUACGGGCUGUGCUACAUUGGAGGGGCUGUGCUCUUGUUCAUCACGAACGCUACACAGAACUUCUGCUUCCGGUACAUGGCCGAAAAGUUGACUUCAAGGCUCCGAGGCAUUCAUUUCUCAGCCCUCUGCCGGCAGAACAUCGGCUUCUUUGAUGAAAAGAAGAAUGCUACAGGGGCUCUUGCAGCUGAUUUGUCGACGAACGCCACGAAAGUUGCGAUGAUCUCAGGGGAUUCUCAAGGCCGUGUCGUACAGGCAGCGUUCACGUUUGUCGCCGCGCUUGUCAUUUCGUUUACGACGGGCAGUUGGCUGCUGACACUCGUGAUGCUGGCUGUCUUCCCACUCCUUAUUAUUGGGCAAGUGACCAGAAUGCGCCAUGUCCGCCAUGGAAAUAUGCUGUCCGAUGAACUGGCAGAUGUCGGCGCGCACGCAUCAGAGGCACUGACCAAUAUCCGAACGGUUGUUUCGAUGGGCAUGGAGAAGUCUAUGACCAAUAAGUUCAUGGACUUGCUUGAAGAGCCCUUAGCUAGUGGACGUCGAGAGGCGCGACUGAACGGUGUUGCGUUGGGGUUCAGCUCCUUUAUCGUCUUCGCGACAUACUCGCUCGUCUUUUGGUACGGAGGCAAGUUGGUCGACGAUGGAGACAUCACGUUCGCGAAGCUCAUCCGCACGCUGAUGGCGAUCAUGAUGUCAGCGCAAGGUGUUGGUAGUGCCGCUUCUUUUCUUGGUGACUCUGAUAACGCUGUGAAGGCGGGCAAGGCGAUUGUUGCCAUCAAGAAUCUCGAGCCGCCUAUUGACUCCUUCGAUGAAUCUGGUCUUCGCCCUGCUCAUCUCGAGGGCAAGAUUGAGUUCAAGAACGUCAGCUUCCGGUACCCAACACGACCUGAAGUCACCGUGCUGCGCAACUACAACCUCACCAUUGAAGCUGGUCAGACCAUCGCGUUCUGUGGACCAAGUGGAGGUGGCAAGAGCACUUGCGUCUCGCUCAUCGAGCGCUUCUACGAUCCGGUUGAUGGCCAAGUGCUGCUCGAUGGCGUCGACACCAAAGAGCUCAACCUCAACUGGCUGCGCAGCCAGAUCGGACUCGUCGGACAGGAGCCCACGCUCUUCAUCGGCACCAUCGCCGAGAACAUCGCCUACGGACUCGCGGACAAACCCACGCAGCAGGACAUCGAAGAAGCCGCCAAGAUGGCCAACGCGCACGGCUUCAUCACCAAGUUCCCGGACGGCUACGAGACGCAGGUGGGCAUGAAGGGCGAGCAGUUGUCCGGCGGCCAGAAGCAGCGCAUCGCCAUCGCGCGUGCCAUCCUGAAGAACCCCAACAUCUUGCUGCUGGAUGAGGCCACGAGCGCUUUGGACUCGGAGAGCGAGAAGGUGGUGCAGGAGGCUCUGGACAAGGUGGUGGCGCUGAAGCGGCGCACGACGAUCAUCAUCGCGCACCGGUUGUCGACGAUCCGCAAGGCGGACAAGAUCUGCGUGGUGAGUGAAGGCAAGAUCGCGGAGCAGGGCACGCACCAGGAGCUGAUUAAUAUGAAGGGUAUCUACGCAAAGUUGGUUCAGCAAUCCGCGAGUUGA